CGCCCCGCCUGACCAAGCACGGGGCUCUGUCGUGACUUGGGCUGUACGGCGGUUUAGAGCCGCCCUUCCAGGUGCCCCGCGCUCCCGGUGGAGCGAGGAAGCCGGGUCGGAGCGACGGGCGGAAGCUGCCCCCCGGCACCGCCCCUCCCGCGGUGUUCCGUGGCGGGGGAUGGCGGCGGGCGCGCGGCGGCGGCAGCUCCCGGCCUGGAUGGGGGCGGCGGGGGCCGAGCGGGCGGCGGCGGCGUCCCCGUCCCCCCGGGCCGGGCGGCGGCGGGCGGCGGCAGCGCGCAGGGCGGCGGCGGUGUAUUGUAUGAACGAGGCGGAGCUGGUGGAGGUGGCCUUGGCAGUCCUGGCCGAGAAUCUACAGUGCGAGGAAAGUGAAGAGAAGGCCCGGACUGAGAGCAGAGAGGAGCAAGAGCUUCAGCCAACACUAAACGAGGCUCCUGGGAGCAAGGCCAACGCGGGGGAAGGCAGCGACCACAGUCCGGCGCUUCCAUCCCCUCCUGGUGCUAGUGCUGGUGCCGAGACACAGAGCACAGGCGGGGAGAACUCUGAAGACGACAUUCUGAAAUAUGUCAGGGAGAUCUUUUUCAACUAACAUCUCCUCUGUGACUCUCCAGGAGUAGGGGGGACAGUGGGGCGAGUGUCCUUUCCCAUGGUGCUGAGGACACUGGGAGGAGGGCCAGGAGCAGGCUGUGUAUCUGCUGUGUUGGUGCCCUGUGGAGCUGGUAGGAUACCCGUGAAAGCCAGGGAGGGGAAAGGAAGGAGGCACUCACUUCACCCAAUCUGUGCUGGGUUCAGUGGGAUUUGGCUCCAGAUUAGGAUGUGUUCAUUUCUGUUUGGCAUCUCAGAGCAUGGACAGAUUAAAGAGGACAUUCUGGUUUC